GGCAGCCUGUUGCUCUUGGAGCUCCCCCCGGUUGUGUGAGAGACGUGCGCUGAACGCGCUCUCGCGGCGGAGAAAGCGGCGGCGCUGAACGGUUCAUCUCGCCGAGCAGCGCUACAACGGCGGCUGUCCCACUCGGAAAUCGCGCGGGAAGCAUGCGUUCCUCGCCGCUGCCCAAGACGUCGUCGUCGGAUGGCUGUGCCGAGUAGCUGGAACGCUGUUCCGGGACGUCUCGAUCGUCGGUGUUGUUCACCGAGCAGCUGCCACCGGUUCGCUGUCACGUGAGCGGGAGGCGAAAUAAGAAAACGAAACGACGCCGAUAUCGACGACAGUGUGAUCGGCGAUUCCGGUUUUCGACGGUGCAUGAUGGUGGUUACGAUGGACGUUGUGACGACGACGCCGAUGCCCGUGGCGCACGGCCGUGGUGCCGAACCUGGGAGUGAUGAGGCACCCGUGACGGCGUGCCUUGUGAGGUGUUGGAGGCGCUUCAAAGUAGCAGUCCGGUCUCAGGCACUGAUGGUCCUAUGGGUAGGCGCUGUCACGGCCAUAUUUUUCGCCACCUACUGCACGUACAAAUACGAAGAGAAGCACUUCUACUUACGCCAAAUACUCGGGGUAGGGCUCUGCUUGUCCCGAGCAACAGCGGCAGUGAUCAACUUCAGUUGCUUCAUGGUGCUCAUUCCAAUGUGCAGGACACUGUUACAGAUUCUCAGUUCCAGGUUGCCCCCGAAAUUUCAUGGGUGUGUGCGGGUAUGCGUGGACCAAGGUGUGAGGCUGCAUGUUCUUUUUGCCGCAACCAUCAUCAUCACUUCAAUCGUCCAUUCUUUGGCGCACCUUGUUAACGCGUGCAACUUUUCUUCUUACUACUCGCACGACUUCGUGGACAUCAAUAUGGCCAGGUAUCCCGGAGAGGAUCCGCUACUGAUGAUACUCAGGACAGUUCCAGGUUGGACGGGACUGGCAAUGGUGUGCCUUCUGGUAUUUCUCUCCGUGGCGUCGCUCAAGUGUGUCAGGAGAUCGUGCUACGAUCUGUUCUGGUACUCGCAUCAUCUUUUAUUACUGUUCCUGGUCUUAGCAAUUUUUCAUCCUCUCAGCGGAGUGCUUAAAGAACAAGUGAACAUUGAAGAGCACGUUCCUGGUUGCCAGUACAUGAACACCAGCAGGAGAGAUGAGAUACCUUAUCCGGAACCACGGCCGGACGUUGGAGUCUGCUUUGUGCCGCCCAUUUUCAUCUCCCAGAAGAGUGAGACGUGGAAGUGGAUGCUGGCGGCCUUUGCGCUCUUCGGCCUGGACGCCUGUUGCCGGCUCUACAGGCGACGCUCGGCCGCCAAGCUUGAAGCGGUCCAGUUACACGGCGCCCCCGCAACAUUCAAGGCCGACGCGUCUGCGCCUGUGGCGGCAACCGCGGCACCCAGCCUCGUACCUGCUCCUGGCGAUGACCCGUACCGAGACGCGGUCGUGGAACUGCGACUAGCCAAGAAAGGGAUGAUCGCCAGGCCGGGACAGUACGUCCUGCUCAACUGCCCGAAGAUAUCUUUGAUGGAGUGGCAUCCUUUCACAGUUACAUCUUGUUCUAAAGGCGGGGACAACACAUUCACGCUACACUUGACUACGAGCGGAGACUGGACAGGUGUGCUACGAACAAAGCUUGUCACCCCGAAAGUUUCUAAAAAAAGUGACAAGGCAUCGUAUCCGAAGUUGUACGUGGACGGCCCAUUCUGUAGCAGGUCUGAACGGAUAGGACGAAGUGCCAUCACUAUUUGCAUCGCCGGUGGUAUUGGCAUUACUCCCUUUGUCUCGUUCUUCAAUCACAUAAUCUCUUCGAAGAACGUGUUGCGAGUUGAACGACUGCACUUAGUAUGGGUCAGCAGAAGCAUCAGCAUGUUCGCAACAUUUGCGGAUCACCUGACCAACUUACACUUUGAGAUGUGGCGACAGAACUUGCCUGAUUUCUUCACUAUGCACCUAUAUGUGACGCAAGGUAGCCCGCAAGAAAUUAUUUCGAAUGAAUUUUGGCAGAAGUACCAAUUACUCGCAAACCGGAUACGCGUCGGAAGACCGGAUUGGUCACGUCUGUUUCGUGAGUGGCAGACGGUAUACCAAAGGCAAAAAGUCGCCGUCUUUUCGUGCGGGCCGGCUUCGCUUAACAAGGAAAUCAAGAAGCACUGUCACAUCGCCACCCUGGCGGGGCACAAGUUCGCCUUCUACAAGGAGAGCUUCGCGUGAGAAUGCUCGGAUGGGCCUCGCGUGCCGGCUGCACUUCCCAGUCAUUGCUUGUGAUACUCGCUGUUUGCGCUGUGCUGUCUUUAGAAGUGACCUGAACUUCGAUCGCCGGUAACUCAAACCGUUCUCCCGUUGUCCAUCGGACUGUCAAGAGCGAACGACGCCCAGCAAGUGCCUCUGCAUGUGAAAGGCUGCAUCCGAGAUGCAUCGGCCCUCCCGUUUCGACGAGUGAUGACUUCCGGGUCGUUUGACCUUUCCUUCAGAGACGUUCUGUUAUUUGUUGUUGACUGCUGUGUUGUGCCUGAUAUCAACUGCUCUGUUUAUUUAUUUGUUAGUUGAUGCUAUUUACCGGCAACGCCCCCGCUAUUACGCGUUUAAGAUUACGUUCAAUUUAACGCGAGAGAGUUCCUUCUGUUGUUUGAAUACCAGAGUUACGUUGUUUUUUUUAUUUGAUGAAUAAAGAUGAGUCCCAGACUUGAGA